GAUGGUGUUUGUGUUUUGAUGGUUGUUCUGUUUUCGCGAUUCUGCUAGUUCAAUCCUUGAUUAAUUUUGUGUGAAAUUCAUUGAAUUUUUGGUGAAAAUGUCGUUAGUUGCGUAUGAUUACAGUAGUGACGAAGGUUCAGAUCAGGACGAAGUCGAGGAAUCGCCAGCACCUGUUGCAGCAGCGUUGAAUGGACCCAGUAAAGUUUCACAGGCGAAUGUCGCCACGAUCCCAGAAAUUUCCGCAGCUAGCAUACCGACGGACGAUCCCAUAGAGGACGAAGAGGAACCUGCCAUUCACUUACCGCUGCCAGCGCCCAAGAAGGUCACCACCAACGACUUGAAUGUUGAAGAAGAGGAUGAUGAAUUUCUAAGGAAAAAGGCAAUACCGGAAGUGAAAUCUCUUCUCCCACCACCUCCGCCAUCUCUGGCCAGAGCUAGGUCGAACAUGAAAAAUGGCAAAGUACAAAUCACAAUUCCGUCUUUGAAAGAAUUCAAGGACGACGAUGAUUUGAAACCGAAGUCCAAGCCCAUAGUAGGUGCAGAGCUUCCUCAAAGGGCCACCAGUCUACUGAGCAUGCUACCUAAACCCAAAUCGGAAGCAGCUUUCAGUGCGCCGACAUUCGCUCAGAAUGGUCCUGCGGCAGCUGCCGCCAAACCGAUCGUGAACCGUCUCAUACCGGAUUCGGUUGCAAACCGACCGAGAAACGUUCAGCCUGAUCCGAAGGCGUCCAAAAAACCACUGGCCAAGAAGCAAAACAUCCCCGCCAAAUCAACAGAAAAAGACGGCGAAUCCAGCGACGAAGACGAAAAGCUGGACUUCUUCUCGCUCAACAUGGACGAAAAACUGCCGGAAAUUAGCGCCAACGAGAUCAACGCCAUGGUGGCCAAACGGGCUGCCAAAAUGGCCGAUGCCGUGAAGAAGUUCGACGAACCGGAAGUCGUUCCCGAGCCGGAACCCGGAACCAGCGCAAUGCAUCAAAUACCUCAACAUUCGUUCGUCGAUCCGAACGAUCUCGCCAAUGAGCGCGCGCUCUCCUCCCUCAUCGGUGGCAACAAGGCCAAGCGGGCCCGGGUGGAAGAAGUGAACAUAAUCGACAUCAGCUCGGCGGACGUCGUGCCCUCGAAGGAGGACUUUAUGCGCCGGAAGUUGCAGGACGAGACGGGAUACGUUCCGACGGGACACCUCACCGGGGAUUGGACGUGCACGAGCAAACGGAAGUCGCACAUCACUUAUUUGGCGUCAAAGGCGCAGGACAACGCCCAGGAGUUGGAAGCCAUGUGGUCUGCAAAUCGGCAGUCACGGAGGCAAACGCAAAGCAAGUACGGUUUCUGAAGGUAUGUUGGAUAAUAAAAUGAAUGAUGUAA